AUGGGUCCUCCACCAAAUCGCAAACAAAAGUUAUCUUAUGUCACUGAAAGAACAAGAAGAUUGAAAGUUGUCUACGAUGAUCCUGACGCAACAGAUUCGUCGUCGGAUGAAGCAAAUUACCAACCAAUGAUGAGGAAGAGAGUUGUUCUUGAAUUUGCACUCCCUGAUGUUAGUGUUACUGAAAAAAAGGUUGAUAAUGUACUGAGCAAGAGUAAGAGUUCUGCAAAGACAACGACAACUCCGAUAGUGAAAGGAAAAUCAAGCAAAUACAAAGGUGUUCGAAUGAGAAAAUGGGGUCGAUGGGCUGCUGAAAUUCGUAAUCCGCUUAAAGGUACUCGUGAAUGGUUAGGAACUUUCAACACUGCUGAAGAGGCUUCCAAAGCUUAUGAAAAUAAAAAACUUGAAUUUGAAGCCAUAACUAAGAAGAUGUGUAAAGGGAAGAAAAACACUAGCUAUAAUAGUGUUGUUACCUCUUUGAAUGGCUCAAAGAGUGAUACUGAUACUUCGAAUACAACAUCUUCUUUGCCCGAAUUGGUUAAUUCGGUUUCUGAUGUGAUUGAGAGUGGUAUGCUCUCGAUCAAUGAAGCUAUUGUUGAGAGUCUCGAGACUAAUAAUCAUCUGGAGGGUGAAUUUUUGGAACAUAAUGUGGUCGACAUAAGUCCUUUGAAUGUAGUGCCACAAUCGGAUCGCAAUUUGGAUACUACAUCUCGGUUUGACUUGGAUUGGUUAACAUUUGAUGGUUCGGGUCAGGGGUUGGAUGAUCUUGGUUGCCUUGACGACCUUCCGUAUUGUGAUUUUGAUGAUAACAACGGACCUAUUGAUAUUCCGGAUUUUAAUUUCGAUGAUAUUAUUGGUGCUGAUGAGAGUGUUGAUGAUGAUGAGAUUGCUAGUUGGUUUAAAGAUUUCCCAGAGAAGCCAUGUCUAUAA